UCUAGUCGCAAGCCGCCUCUCUGCCGUGAAAACUCGAUGGCCGUUUGUGUGUUGUGAUUUGUGUGUGUUUCGUGCGAAUUGUGUGAGGGGUGUGGCUUUGUAAUUGGAUCCUUACAGCGUUAUUUUAAAGGGUGGACUCUUAAUCCUGACACUGGAGGAGGCCCCUGUUAACAAGGUUUAGAUUGUGACAAUGGAUGACAAGGCAUCACUAAAAGAGCUCGAUCAGUGGAUAGAACAGUUAAUGCAAUGUCAACAGUUGCAAGAAAACCAAGUCAAAACACUAUGUGAAAAGGCGAAAGAGAUUCUCUCGCGGGAAUCGAACGUGCAAGAGGUGCGAUGUCCCGUCACCGUGUGCGGAGACGUACAUGGUCAGUUCCACGACCUUAUGGAACUGUUCAAGAUCGGCGGCAAGUCGCCCGACACCAACUACCUGUUCAUGGGCGACUAUGUCGACCGGGGUUACUACUCGGUUGAGACAGUCACACUGCUCGUCACAUUGAAGGUUCGCUUCAAGGAGCGGAUAACCAUUCUACGAGGCAACCACGAGUCUAGGCAAAUUACCCAGGUUUACGGUUUCUAUGACGAAUGUCUGCGCAAGUACGGCAAUGCCAAUGUGUGGAAAUACUUCACCGAUUUGUUCGACUACCUGCCGCUGACGGCGCUGGUAGACAGUCAGAUCUUCUGUCUGCACGGCGGCCUCAGCCCCAGCAUUGACAGCCUGGAUCACAUCCGCGCCCUGGACCGACUCCAGGAGGUGCCUCAUGAGGGCCCGAUGUGCGACCUGCUGUGGUCGGACCCGGACGACCGCGGCGGCUGGGGCAUCUCGCCGCGCGGAGCCGGAUACACCUUCGGCCAGGACAUCUCGGAGACGUUCAACCACAGCAACGGCCUGACACUCGUCAGCCGGCCCAUCAGCUCGUCAUGGAGGGAUACAACUGGUGCCACGACCGUAACGUGGUGACGAUUUUCUCUGCCCCCAACUACUGCUACCGCUGCGGUAACCAGGCAGCCAUCAUGGAGCUCGACGACGCACUCAAAUACUCAUUCCUUCAGUUCGACCCAGCUCCGCGACGUGGAGAGCCUCACGUCACCCGACGCACGCCAGACUACUUCCUCUAGAGGGUGUCCGGACCGCGAGCUCUGCGCCUCCCCACGGCCGUUGGACGCUCUGCCGCCCGCGGCGUGAGCCAACUCGGCCGGUGGGGCCGCCAGAGCGACGUGGUGGACGGGGUUGAUGACAAGAUCCGGCUGCCUGGAGGCAGGAGCCGUGCAGUGAGGAGGAAUGGUUGGUCGGAGCGGCGGCGGCGGCGCGCGGGAUGAGAGAGACUGUACGGUCGUGGACGCGCGCGGCGGCGGCGGCUGUGGCGAGGAGGCGGCGUGUGUGGUGCGACAGGCGGCGAAAAGUGACGCGAUGUGUUGUAAGGGACAAACGAGGCAGCAAUGGAGCUUUGAGUGUCGUGACAACAUCCAUCUGUUUGGACUGCCAUCGCUGGUAGUGAGGAACAUCCACUGACGGUCCAUCAGCGUCAAGUUGUGGUGACAAGUACAUGACGACUGCGGGGACACUGCACGGCGUCUGAUUCCGUACAUCGGAAACACGAGCUCAGCGUCUGCACUGCUCUGAGAGCGACACCUCCGGCUUAAUGAAUCGAGCCAGCAGGAGUUGUGCAUCGCUCCGCAGUGACUCGCGAGCCUGUUGAGUCGUAAGUCCUCGCCCAGACUCCUCGUGAUUCUCGCCCCAGUCCUUGCGAGUGCUUAUCCCAGAGUCAUCGCGAGUUUUUGGUCCGAUUUGGACAGCUCCUCGUUGUGUUGGUCCGCCUCGCCUCGUGUGCAGCAAUCGUGAACGUCCUGUGUUCAAUGUGUCUGUGGUGUGUGAAUGUCGCGUCUCCCCCGCCCGCCCGCCCGCCGCCGCCGUCCGCGUCGUGUUGCCAAUAUGACGCCCUCGUGACGAGGGCUGAUGUGGGCCGACCGCGCCGUCGUCCCGGGUCACGUCAGGUCAUGUCAGAAGAAAGAGAGACGAGAGACAGAGGGUCAGAGACCGUUGUGUAUAUGUGCGCACUCGCGAGAGACUUCUUUCCCUGUCGGUCCCAUUCGCUCGCGCCCCCUGUAUCUGUCAAACAAUCGCGCGAUACACACACAGACACACACAUACACACACAGACAUAACACGCCGGCGCAGUGCCGCGGCAGCCAGCGAUCACGGCGUUAGGUAUUUCGGUUAGUCGGUUCGACGAGACUGUCGAGUUAUCGGCAGUCUCAGUCGACUGAGGCGGACCCCGUGUACGGGGGCGCGAUGUUGAAUAUACUAAUAAAUUGUCGUGCUAAAA